GCGGACGCAGGGUCAGUUGCCGGCAGAGCGUCCGGCUAGUGUGUUUCUCUAUCGUCCCUGUUCAAACACAUUUUUUUGGAGGUUUUGUUCGACAUUUUUUAAAACUCUCUGUGUUGGAUGUUGUGUGUCUGUGACACUGUGUGUGGCGUGUGAAAAAGGACAUUCUGACAGGGGACGUUAUCCUAUUGAGAGAAUGUCAUCGAUGGAGUCGUCCAACGGUUGCGCUCACAAACCGGCAGAUCGGAAUGGAGUCGAUGUAAACGAUAUCGACGGACACAAGCCGACCGGCAGACGUUUACUCAAAUGGACUCAACAACCAGACCAUUUGAAGUUCAAUCCAUACAUCCAUGACGGAUAUCGUCCCUUGGCUUCUCUCACCGGAUGUAUCAAGAGUUUGGCUUAUUUUCACAACGAGACGGUCAACAUUCUCACUCAUGGCCUUCCUGUUUUGUACAUAAUUCUCUGGUCCCCGACAUUGAUGCCCUACGACGAAAUUAAAGUCCCCAUUUUACCUUACAUUCAUCUGGUAGCCGUACUCAGUCCGUGGGUUGGAUCGGCUAUUUAUCAUACGUUCAUGAACCAUCACCAUGGAUACAGUGUCUAUCGGCGCCUUCUGCAGUUGGACAUGUUGGGCAUUUGGGUCACACAAAGUUUCGGGGCUCUGACGGGAGUUAUAGCGGCAACGUACUGCUUUCCAUCGUGCACCGGAAUCGUGAUAGUCGUGAUCUACUGCCUCUCAUGUCUUUGGGGCUUAUAUAAAGCCGUCACGGCUGGAAGUAGCGGAAAUCCUUGGGAUCGGAGGCUAUGUUUUUGCUUGCCGGUUCUCAUCCGCCUGACGUUAGUAAUCCUGCGAACGAUGCACUACGCCUCCGGACAUCCAAGUUCCAUUGCUCACGUUUGGCUUCAGGACGCCAUAUCGAUUUUGGGCGGAUUCAUUGGAGCCAUGCGAAUUCCCGAACGAUGGUUUCCCGGACGAUUCGACUAUUUCUUUAAUUCGCAUCACAUUAUGCACGUGCUCGUUCUGGUCGCCGUUGUGCAGAUGCACUACGCCUCCAAAUUGGAUCUUAUUUGGCUCAGCCAUCCGCAGUGCCCUGACAGUCAACUGGAAACCUUAGUCAUCAUUUCCACGCCCGAUCCAGCGGAAUUGUAAAAAGAAAGAAAAAAAGAAAACGGAUUUCUCUUUUUUUUUCAUAAAAAAAAAAAAGAAAAUCCAUCGGGUAAUUCUGUGAAAACGUUCAGCCCGUCAUCUCCUUGUUACUAAAUCAGCAACUAGUUACCUACAUACCGGCGGCCUGACGAUCUCUCUUUCAUAAAUAAUCUCUCCUCUCCCUACUGCUUUUAUAGAUGAACAUCGUCUCCUUUGUGUGGAUGGUUUUCCCCGUCUACAUUUGCACUAUUCAUGUGCACACCAUAUUUAGAAUUCAAGACACACAUUCACAGCA